UGCAUUCGCUCGCCUUUCGAUGUCGGUCACCGUGCAAGCCUUUGGCUGGGGCCUCCUUUCCUCGUGCUCCGUCCUCCUCGGCUGCGCCGUCGGGCUUGUGAGGCUGCCGGGACCCACGACUCGCGCCGUUCUGAUGUCCUUUGGCGGCGGCGCGCUCAUCCAGGCUGUCACGAUCGAGCUCUUUGGAGAGCUGCUGCACGAGCAGGCCAAAGCCCCCGGAGACCCGUCCGACAACAACGGGGUCAAGAUCACCUUUUACGGCAUCGGGAUGGGUAUCGUUGGCGGUCUCAUGUUCGCCAGCCUCAACAAGGUGCUGAACGAGGGUGGCGGCUUCCUCCGGCGCCUCAACACGGCACAGGGCGCCAUGUCCCUCCUCAAGCGAGUCCAGCGGCGCAAGGCAGUCCGCCUCCUCAAGCGGGUGCCCGCCUUCGCCCCGCUCUCCGAGCCGGUGCUGCGCAAGCUCGCCGACAAGAUGGAGAAGGAGCCGUGGCGCAGCGGGCAGCCUCUCCUCCGGCGCGGCGCGGCGCAGGCGGGCCUUUACUUUGUCGCGUCAGGCGCCGCCCUGGUCGAGCUCCCGGCCGACGACACGACCGACGCGGCUCCCACCGACGACGACGGCGGCGGCGGCAAGACCUUCGCCCCCUCCCACGUCACCGCCCGGUCCCCCUCGCCCGUCGCCCUCUCGUCGGCAUCGCGCGUGCAGAUCGCCGACGUGGCUGCCGACCCUCCGGACGCUGUCCCGGCCGCUCGCACGGUCAAGUACGUCGUGCCAAAGGAUGGCAUCUUCGGCGACGCGGUCCUGCUCGGACUGGGCGCCCUCCCCCUCCCUUGCUCCAAGCAUUGCGAGGCAAUGCAGAACGCGUCCGCGUCGCUUUCGCAGCAGCGUCUCGAGUGGCUGACGCGGCUGAGCACGCCGCGUGGGCGGAGCGCUAAGGCGCUGAGCACUGCUGAGUGGGAUGCGGCCGAGGGCCUUGCGCGUGUUCUGCGUGGGAAGGGCAACCUCCUCGCGCUCGGCCUGUUUCG